CAGGGUCAAGAUUACUUUUAUUUUAGCAAUACGGUGUACGGUUGAGUCGUAGUCCAACCCUUGACCAUUUCCACUCCACUCUCGGCUGCUCAAGGCACACCAUCGAUCAUCUUGGCGUGCGAUUUUCGUCAUUCCUACCUUUCUUCUAGCUAGUCCUCUCCUCCUUCUUACUCCGUCCAUUCACAUCCUUCCUCGCCACCAUGUUCUGAUAAAGCUGGCUCUUGUCCCCUGUCUCAUUCCCCUGUCCCUCAUUCCGUCUCGAAUCCAUCCUCCUCACCGCAUUCUCUAUUAUUCACCACUCAACCUUUCCAGGUGUUGUUGGAAUCUACUCCAACACAUCAGUACACCCCGGUGUACUUAUCUCCCUCCUUACAUUCGUGUUGGAUCAAUCGUUCAUCAUGGACGUCGACUUAUAACCUCCGACCCCCCCCUCCCCUCCUUCUUCCUCGGUCUGCCAUCCGUGAUCGCAAGGCUUGAACUAGUCCUGACGACCGGUUCUCACCUUCUCCAUUGACUCCGUGACUUCUUUCUCUUGGUCGAAUUCAAGAUCAAAGAAUCCAAUCCAACAAGAAAUAUUUCUCUUUCAAUCAAGUCAAAAAUGGCUCCCAACCUCUUCCUCUGCCUGCGCGCUACCUUCUGCCCCUCCUACUGGUUCAACCGCGGCGAGCGCAUCAAUGGCUCCCUCCACCGGGAAGAACACUGGGAGUCGCCCGUCCCCGGCAUCUACAAGUACAUCCCGGGACGCGGAUGGCACCUCAUCUCCCGCGACGAUCACGACCACGACGAGAAGGUCCCCGUCCCCCUCGUCUACUGCCGCAUCCUCCACCGCUUCAUCUUCGAACACGACAUGGAGGACCGCUGCCGCUGGUUCACCGUUACUACCCACGAAGGCGCCGCCUCCGAGAGGCUGAUGUUCUUCCGUCUCGACGACGGCUUCACCUGGGUCGCUGCCUGGGAUUCCCAGCGUCGCUUCAUCCCGGGGCCGUACCAGAAGUGGUACCUCGAUGCGGAGACCGAUACCGUGCGUCCGGUCUUGUUUCCCGAGAGCUCGAAUGUGUCUCGGGUGAGCCUCGUGGCGGGCAAGAUGGGUUGAUUUUAUUAUGUAUGGGCUAUUAGCGGGUUUUGUUUUACGACUGAUAGAUGAUUUGGGUGCGGGUAUAAACUAGCGAUCUCUUUUCUUGUUGUUUAAAAUGGGGUUGUUGUGUUAUGGUCUAGCGAACUGGGAUUCUUUCAUCUUUUUUUUUUUCUUUUUUCUUUUUUCUUUUCUUCCAUCUGGUGCCAUUGGCCAGAGAUAUCACUACUUAAUACUAUCUAUAUCAUGGACUAUGAUCUUACAGAUCAGUCGAUACAUCACAUCAAUCUAGCUGUGCAGUAGUAUGGCAUAUCACAC